UGUAAAGCCAGACGAGAGAAAAAAAAAAAUUAAAAAAGUUUAAAAUUCAAAACAGAAAACUAAACUUGUGUUCAAAACAAAACGAAUUGAUAAUUAAUGUGCCGGCUUGUUGAAACCCGAAAUAAUUUACUGAAGUAGAAUAUAGAAGUGAAAUAAUUGUUCUGUUUUCCAGAUAAGUUUAUCGUAAUAAAAGCAUGGAAGAAAACGUGCCUGUAACAUCGCCAGCAUCAUCGUCAAGUGUAAAUGGUGCCAGAAAGUGAAGUCAACACUCAAAUUAUUGAAGAAGGACCUAGGAUAUGUCCGCUAUGCUCUUCAGAAAUAAGGCUGUUCUUUAUAAAUUAUCAUGAAAAGUUGCUGAUGUGCGAAAAUACAGAAUGCGAAUUUCCAUUUGGGUGCGAGGACCUUAAGUUUGUGCGAUACGACAAUGUCGACGAUGAGUGUGACAUAGUGUCCGAACCAUCACAAAGUGGGCAGUCUUUACUUAGCUCUGAUUUUUCUACUUCAGGCUGGUCGGAUAUAGAUAAAUACAUACGAAUCUGCAAUUCAGAAAAAGGUCCAGGAGAACUUAAUAAAUUUGAAGUAUCCUCAAAGGAACUGAAAAACAAAAAAAAUAAAAAUAAAUUUUCCAUAAUAGAGAAGGAAAAACAAAUGCAAAAGAAUAUCAAAGACUUGAAAUCAUUGUCGAUGGAACUAAGCGACAUGUCGAAAUCUCGGGUUACAAUCACAAACAAAAAAUGGAUCAAUAACUUGAUGCAUUUGCAAGACAGGUCGGGCUUAAAGUUACUAGAGCCGCUGGAAAAUAAAAAGUGUAUUAAAAAGGAAGUCAAAAAUGAAUUGAAGAUUGACAUAGAGCCAGGCAGCAGUGGAAGUGCAUCAGCCAUUAAAAUAGAGAUUGCUAAACAAAGCGAGUGUGAGUCUCAAAAUGGAUGAGUUCUUUAAAGAAUAGGUUUAACAUAUUGCAUCACUUUGGUUCUACCAUGCAAUCCAUGAGCAGUGCCCAUAUCAAGAAAUUAUCUAUCUAUCAUCAUCAUCAUUCCAUUGCCAGCUCACUACUGAGCAUGGGUCUUGUCUCAGAAUGAGAAUGAGAGGUGGACAUCUUAACCAAUAGGCUAUGAAGAUUAUCUAUCUGUAAUAUAUGUAUAAGAAGACUUUCUGAUUGAUCUAUCGUUCCAAAGUCCAAAUUGCUCGCUUGGAAACUUAAAAUUUUACUAUAGGUUUUCUUGAUGAUGUAGGCCCUCAUUAACUCAACAAAUCAGGUAUUUUCCUUGACUAUGUUACAAAGGGAACCUCUGUGCAAACAGCUUUCUGGAUGUUUAUGAGUUAGUCAGUAAUAGUCUGAACUAUUCUUUUGAAAAUGUUUAGAUGAGGUUAUUUUAUUUUAGUUUCUACUUAGUUAUAGUCAUAAUUUAUUUUUUAAACACACCAGAGUCUGAUGGUAGUUUUAGUUUUUUUUUUUUUUUCAUUUUUAGUUAUGUCAAAAACAGGAAGGGUCUUAAGUUUAUGUUUUGUUGUAUGUUUUUCUUGUUAAAAACAUAGAUUGUGUAUGGAAGUAUAAUUAGACAUUGUCGAUAUGCUGACGGGCAACGGCUUAUUAUUCUGCGUUAUUGUAAAAGUAGACAUUUCCAUAGUGUUACAGUCUAAUGUACGUUAUUUUGGAUGCUAGAGAUAUUAUGUCUUGGUAUAUUUUUGUACUUUUUUCUAGUUGCUUAAAAUCGGCGACAUGCAGGCGCCUUGUUUAAGAUAGUAUAUCUAGGCAACAGAUACCAUUUCUAUUAUCUUAUUUUAGAGUUCUGGGGUUGAAAUCAUAGAUGACUAUAUUGUACUAGUGAUAGUUAAUGAUUGACAUGGGACUGUAUCAUAGAUACAUGUACUGUAUCAGGUAAAAAUAAAUGUUGUGAUAUUAGAUGUAUUUUUGCUCAUAUUAAUGUUUAAACUUAGUUAAAAGUUGAAUAAUAUUUUUAAUAAAAAGGCUUUUUAUUUU